UCAUUGUGCAUUGCAUCACUGUUUCUAUAUUUUGUUUCUAUGAUAGCCACACCACCCUACUAUAUACCCACCUUUAGUCUUGUUCCUUAUUAUUGAAUCAUAAGCCAAUCUCUUUUUGCCUCAUCAAUUCCUCUGGUUAGAGAUGAUGGCUCGAGAAACCAAGACAUGGUUGGUUAUGCUGCUUCUUUUCUUGGUUGCAAACUACAUGCAACAUUGUGUUCAUGGGGUACCCCAAGUGCCUUGCCUUUUUAUCUUUGGGGACUCUUUAUCAGAUAGUGGAAACAACAAUGAUCUUCCAACUUCUGCAAAAUCUAAUUACAAACCAUACGGGAUUGAUUUCCCAACAGGACCAACCGGAAGAUUUACCAAUGGCCGAACAGAAAUUGACAUAAUUACUCAAUUUCUGGGAUUUGAGAAAUUCAUCCCACCCUUUGCAAACACUAGUGGUUCAGACAUACUUAAAGGUGUGAACUAUGCAUCAGGUGGAGCUGGAAUACGCGUUGAAACCGGCACACAUUGGGGUGCUACUAUCAGCUUGGGAUUGCAGUUAAAAAAUCACAGAGCCAUAGUUUCUCAAAUUGCUUCCAGACUUGGAAGUCCUGAAUUAGCUCAACAAUACCUUGAAAAGUGCUUGUAUUAUGUGAACAUAGGCAGCAAUGAUUACAUGGACAAUUACUUCGUUCCCCAGUUCUACCCAACAAGCAGCAUUUACACUCCUGAACAGUAUACACAAGUUCUGAUUGAAGAGUUAUCUCAGAAUUUGCAGGUUUUGCAUGACGUUGGAGCGAGAAAGUAUGUGUUGGCAGGGUUGGGCCUUUUAGGAUGCACUCUAGCUGAAAUAUAUUCUUAUGGGACAAAUGGAUCUUGUGUUGAAGAGCUUAAUGCUGCUGCAAUCAUGUUCAAUAACAAUCUUAAAGCUCUAGUGGAUCAAUUCAAUAACGACUUCUCUCCUAAUUCCAAAUUCAUCUUUAUAGACACUGCAUUAAAGGCCCUUCAGUUGAGCAACACAGAUGCUUUUUUGGUUUCGGAUGCUGGUUGCUGUGGAUGGGGGUUAUUAGGGGAUUGUAUUCCUGAUGAAAAGGCGUGCUAUAAUAGGAGUGACUAUGUGUUUUUUGAUGGAGUCCAUCCCACAGAGGCAUGGAACCUACUCAAUGCAAUAACAUCUUAUAAUUCUACCACUGAUCCAGCCACAGCAUACCCAGUGGAUAUCCUGCACCUGGUUGACACUGAAAUUAAAAUGGAAUUGGUGGAGUCCAUUUCAAAACUUAGUGCCAUGCACUGAAUGAGUUCUUGUUAUCAUAUGUACCUGAAUAAACUCUGAGUUGAAUAUGUACUAAGUAAUGGCAUGCUACUGUGUUCAACCACCAAAUUAAUGAGUAAAUUGGAUAUCCUACCUCAAAUUUCAUCCAA